CUGUCCAGUUUUUCUUAUAUACAGUCUAUAAGUAGUCCGUGUCAAACAGAUUGAGGAUUCGGAGAUCUGCUGCUGAUGUCUUGUCGCUCAGAUCGGAGUUCGAUUGGUCGGGCCUGCCCCUUUCGUCACGUGAGCUCUUCCGUGUAGCUCUUCCAGAUGUUUUCCAGCUACCUCCUCCUCCAGUGGCCGCGCUGUCCGCAGGGAUGUAGACACCAGAACCUGCAGUGAUCAGGCGCCGCAGCAGUGACAUGGCUGCCGAUGACAAGUCCUCUUCAUCAACAGAGUUCAGCACCGAGCCGGCUGUCAUCUCCCCCGCCAGCCCCUCCCACCUGACCCACUUUAAACCCCUGACCCCGGAGCAGGAUGAGCCCCCGCUGCGCUCCGCCUACAGCUCCUUCGUCAACCUGUUUCGUUUCAACAACAAAGAUGAGGGCCGUCGUCCCUCCACAGCUUCAGAGAAGUCAGAUGCUCCGCCUCCUUCUAAUCAGCCAGAAAGGCGGAGCUCUUCCUCCAGCCCCUCCCUCCCGCUCCAUGGCUCCAGAGCACAUGGGAAGCAGCACCGUGAGCACCUCCGCCGCUCCUCCACGGCCUCUGACGGCAACAGGAAGCCUGAUGCUGCUCUGAGUGGUCACGACCCCCGCACCGCUGUCCAGCUGCGCACCGCCCUGAAGAGGCUGAAGGAGAUCAUGGAGGGGAAGAGCCAGGACAGCGAUCUCAAGCAGUACUGGAUGCCAGACAGCCAGUGUAAGGAGUGCUAUGACUGCAACGAGAAGUUCACCACCUUCCGCCGCAGACACCACUGCAGGCUGUGCGGGCAGAUCUUCUGCAGCCGCUGCUGCAACCAGGAGAUCCCCGGAAAGUUCAUGGGAUACACGGGAGACCUGCGAGCGUGCACGUACUGUCGUAAACUGGCACUCAGCUACGCUCACUCGGCCGAGUCCGGUGUGAUCGGUGAAGACCUGAGCGUCCUGCCGGACUCCGCCUGCUCCGUGUCCGUGCUGGAGCCCAGUGAGCCGCGCACACCUGUGGGGGGACGCAAGGCAAGCAGGAAUAUUUUCCUGGAGGAAGACUUGACCUGGCAGAGAAAAACUCCUAUUGGGAUGAGAAAAAACAUGAUCCACCAGGAGCCUCAGAACGGCGGCCUCACCGCAAGGCUCUCAGCGCUGCCAGAAGACGUGGGGAAGUCGCCUGCAAGAAAGAGGUCUGCCAGCGUAACCAACCUGUCGCUGGACCGUUCCGGAUCUUCUCUGGUUCCGUCCUACGACAGUUCAGUGAGCCCACCCACAAGCCGAGCCAUGUCUGGGACCAAGAGCGGCACCAAGCUGGACCACAGCGAGGAGGAGAGGAAGAUCCUCCUGGACUCCUCUCAGCUGAAGGACCUGUGGAAGAAGAUCUGCCAUAAUAACACAGGGAUGGAGUUUCAGGACCACAGGUACUGGCUGAGGACCUACCCCAACUGCAUUGUGGGAAAGGAGCUUGUCAACUGGCUGCUGAGGAAUGGCACCAUCUCCACCAGGGCUCAGGCUAUUGCCAUUGGCCAGGCGCUGGUGGACGGCCGCUGGCUGGACUGUGUCACUCAUCACGACCAGCUCUUCAGGGACGAGUAUGCCCUGUACCGCCCUCUCCAGAGCACAGAGUUCUCAGAAACGCCAUCACCAGACAGCGACAGCGUCAAUUCCCUGGAGGGACACUCAGAGCCGUCCUGGUUCAAGGACAUCAAGUUUGAUGAUAGUGACACAGAGCAGCUCGCAGAGGAGAAUGAGUACACCGUCCCAAACUCUGCCAGCCCCAGCAAAAGAACUUCAGUCAGCAGCUUCCACUCGGCGGUGGACAGCGACUCAGCGGCCUCUAUCAACCUGAACAUGGAGCAGAACAAUGUCAACUUUCACAUCAAGAAGCAGUCCAAGUACCCCCACGUCCCACCUGCCACCGAGCACAGAGCAGAGUUCCAUGUGUCUGAAGAUGGAGGUCAGAACAUCUUGAUCAGUGACGCUUUCAUCAAGGAGUCUCUGUUUAACCGGCGUGUGGAGGAGAAGGCCAAAGACAUGCUGUUCACGCCGCUGGGCUGGCACCACAGCUCUCUGGACCAGCUCAGAGAGGAGAACGGGGAGAAGAAGGCCAUGGAGAGGCUGCUCUCAGCCAACCACAGCCACAUGAUGGCGCUGCUGCAGCAGCUGCUCUACAGCGAGUCCCUGUCUCUGUCGUGGAGGGACAUCAUCGUACCUGUGGUGCGACAGGUGGUUCAGACCGUCCGGCCUGACAUCCGUAACUGUGACGACGACAUGGACAUCCGACAGCUGGUCCACAUUAAGAAGAUUCCUGGAGGCAGAAAGUUUGACUCCAUGAUGGUGAACGGCUUCAUGUGCACCAAGAACAUCGCCCACAAGAAGAUGAACUCCUACAUCAAGAAUCCCAAGAUCCUGCUGCUGCGCUGCUCCAUAGAGUACCUGUACAGGGAGGAGACCAAGUUCACCUGCAUCGACCCCAUUGUGCUGCAGGAGCGGGAGUUUCUGAAGAACUACGUCCAGCGCAUCGUGGAUGUCCGACCAAACCUGGUUCUGGUGGAGAAGACGGUGUCCCGCAUAGCUCAGGAGAUGCUGAUGGAACACGGCAUCACUCUGGUCAUCAACGUUAAAGAGCAAGUCCUAAACAGGGUGGGCCGUAUGACCCAGGGGGACCUGGUGAUGUCCAUGGACCAGCUCCUCACCAAGCCUCGUCUGGGAACCUGCCACAAAUUCUACAUGCAGCCCUUCACGCUGCCCAACGGUGAGCUGAAGACGUUGAUGUUCUUCGAGGGCUGCCCGCCUCACCUGGGCUGCUCCAUCAAGCUGCGAGGUGCAUCGGAGUAUGAGCUGGCAAGGGUGAAGGAGAUCAUCAAGCUGAUGGUGUGUGUUGCGUACCACUCUCAGCUGGAGAUUUCCUUCCUCAUGGAUGAGUUUGCAAUGCCCCCCAGCUUGCCCCAGAGCAGCUCCUUCCCUUGCUUGCUGGGUGGGGGAGCUGCAGAGGAGGAGAUGGGCGGAGGCAGCCAGGAGAGCACCGUGCUGAGUGAAGACUCUGCAGCAGAAGGGCAUCCUGAGGACAUAGCCAGUCCUCCAGAGUCUUCAUCAAAAAUGGAUCAAAUGGACGUUUUCAAAGAUAAACGGAGUCGGGACGCAGCCCCCCCACCUGUCCAAGAGGGGGCGCCCAAUGCAGAGACAAGGACCUCCUCCCCAGUGUCCAACUCCCCCGCUCUGCCUCCGUUCCUCAUGGAAGAGGACCAGGAGAUGGACUCGGACACUCUGAUCGGGGGGACAGGGGGGGAGGGCAGCCAGCUGAGGGAGGGGUCUCCUGGUUUGGAGGAGAGGGAGCACACAGACACCCCCAAGCUGUUCCGGGACCCGCUGCAGGACGACACGGGGAUGUUUGUGGCCGAGCAGGUGUCCUCAUCCGAUGACCAGCUGAAGUCCAUCUCUGCUGCCUUCAAACAGGAGCUGAAGGACAUCAUCCUGUGUAUCUCGCCCUUCAUCACCUUCAGGGAGCCCUUUCUGCUCACUGCCGAGGGCAUGCACUGCCCCAGCAGGGACUACUUCCCCGAGCAGGUGUACCUGUCUCCUCUCCUCAACAAGGACCUGAAAGAGCUAGACGGGCGCAGAAAGCGGCAGAUGCUCAAAGACUCGGGGCCCUCCAGCCUGGGGGGGGCACAAGCAGCUGCUAGCGGGCCCUCGAGACCCAUAGAGUUCCUGCCCUGCCACAGUCUCACCAAGACCCGCAUCGUGGAGCACCUGGGCAGCAGCAAGGACCUGGCCAGGAUGCUGGCAGACUACAGGGCCAGCGGAGGUCGGAUCCGGCAGAAAGAAGCUCUAGAUCCCUUUGGUUCUGCCGGUCCCAGAGCCACCCCCAAGCUGCCAGGGAAAGCCGACAGUGAGGAGGACAAGCAGAACAAGCCAAGUGACCCCAGCUGGACUUCAAAGCUGGACUGUCUGAACCCCAUCAACCAUCAGCGGCUGUGCGUGCUGUUCAGCAGCUCAUCGGUCCAGUCCAACAACGCACCCAACCACUGCGUCAGCCCCUGGAUUGUGAUGAUGGAGUUCUACGGAAAGAACGACCUGUCUCUGGGGGUUUUCUUGGAGCGCUACUGCUUCAGGCCAUCGUACCCGUGUCCCAGCCCCUUCUGUGAGACUCCCAUGGUGCACCACAUCCGCCGGUUCGUGCACGGCAGUGGCUGCGUGCAGAUUGUGCUAAAGGAACUGGACUCCCCUGUGCCUGGAUAUCAGCACACCAUUCUCAACUACUCAUGGUGUCGCAUCUGCAAGCAGGUGACUCCAGUGGUGCCGCUGUCCAACGACUCUUGGUCCAUGUCUUUUGCCAAAUACCUGGAGCUUCGCUUCUACGGCCACCAGUACACCAGACGGGCCAACGCAGAGCCCUGUGGACACUCCAUUCACAAAGACUACCACCAGUACUUCUCCUACAACCAGAUGGUGGCUUCCUUCAGCUACACACCUGUCAGGCUGCUGGAGAUCUGUCUUCCUCGACCCAAGAUCUUCAUCAAGAACCUGGGGCCCUCUAAAACCAGCCUGCAGCAGGACUUGAAGGACUUCUCUCAGAAAGUGUCUCAGGUGUACCUUGCCAUCGACGACCGCCUUACCUCCCUGAAGACGGACACGUUCAGUAAGACACGGGAGGAGAAGAUGGAGGAUCUGUUUGCUCAGAAGGAUAUGGAGGAGGCGGAGCUUCGCAGCUGGAUUGAAAAGCUUCAGGUGCGACUGCAGUCCUGCGGCCUGGACUCUCCUCAUCAGCUGCAGGCUGUCCUGGAGUCUCUGGUGGUGAAGAAGCAGAGUCUGUGUGAGAUGCUGCAGUCGUGGAACAGCAGACUUCAGGACCUGUUCCAGCAGGAGAAGGGCAGGAAGCGUCUGUCUGUCCCCCCGAGUCCAGGCAGGCACAGACCGGCCACCACUGAGGACAUGAAGAGCGCCCUGGACUCCUCACCGCGAAACCCAUCUCCUGUGGUUCAGAACGGAGACAAAGAGGACCGUCCCCUCUCAGCGAUGCCCUCCACUGCCUCCCUGCAGCAGGCUGUGGGGGAGUCCGGCGGCGACCCGGCCGCUCCCGGACCCGCCACCAUGGAGCAGGACUCCCUCAGCAUCCCUGAAGAUGUGUUUGACGGACACCUGCUGGGCUCCACUGAUAGCCAGGUGAAGGAAAAAUCCACCAUGAAGGCCAUCUUGGCCAACUUUCUGCCCGGCAACAGCUUCAGCCCCAUCCCGGUUCCAUUGUCCUGUGGCUGCAAAAAAAGCCCACACCAUCAGCCCCCCAGCGCCGUGCCUAGCAGCUGCGAUCCGGACAAACACUACCUGAUGCACGAACACGAGCGCGUGCCUAUCGCCGUGUGUGAGAGAGAGCCCAGCUCCAUCAUCGCUUUUGCCCUCAGCUGCAAAGAGUACAAGACUGCUCUGGAUGAUCUGUCCAAGACGUCAAAGGCAGGAGGAGAGGAAUCUACAGCAGCUGGAAGCGCCGCAGACGUCCGGCUGAGGAGCAGCCCCGCCAGGCCCAGCGAGUCUUCGUCUGCCCUGCAGAGCCGCAGCAGCGCUGACGCCGAUCCGCUCAAGGACACGGACGCUGCUGACAAACAGAAGAAGCACAGCCUGAACCCACACGUGGAGCUGCAGUUCUCUGACGCCAACGCCAAGUUCUACUGUCGGAUCUACUACGCCGAGGACUUCCACAAGAUGCGCGAGGAGAUCAUGGAGAGCAGCGAGGAGGACUUUGUCCGCUCGCUGUCGCACUGCGUGAACUGGCAGGCGCGGGGGGGGAAGUCUGGAGCUGUGUUCUACGCCACGGAAGACGACCGCUUCAUCCUCAAGCAGAUGCCCAGACUGGAGGUCCAGUCCUUCCUGGACUUCGCCCCGCACUACUUCACCUACAUCACGGGGGCUGUGCAACAGAAGCGGCCAACGGCUCUCGCCAAGAUCCUUGGAGUUUACAGGAUCGGCUACAAGAAUUCCCAAAACAACACGGAGAAGAAGCUGGACCUGCUGGUCAUGGAGAACCUCUUCUAUGGCCGCAAGAUGUCUCAGGUGUUCGACCUGAAGGGCUCGCUCAGGAACCGGAACGUGAAGACGGACUCGGGGAAGGAGAGCUGUGAGGUGGUCCUGCUGGACGAGAACCUGCUGAAGCUGAUCCACGACAACCCCCUCUACAUCCGCUCACACUGCAAGGCCAUCCUGCGGGCUGCCAUUCACAGCGACGCCUACUUUCUGUCCAGUCACCUCAUCAUCGACUACUCCCUGCUGGUGGGGCGGGACGAUGCCACUGACCAGCUGGUGGUGGGAAUCAUAGAUUACAUCCGGACGUUCACCUGGGACAAGAGACUGGAGAUGGUUGUCAAAUCCACAGGAAUCCUGGGGGGUCAAGGGAAGAUGCCCACCGUGGUUUCCCCAGAACUGUACCGGGCCCGCUUCUGCGAGGCCAUGGACAAAUACUUCCUGAUGGUACCGGACCACUGGACCGCACUAGGAACCAACUGCUGACUGCAGAAUCCUGACAGUGAGGGCUGGGCUGCCACGCCAGCAUUCUGACCCAGAAGAGGUUCUGUUUGGUUCCUGGGCGGAGCCUCACAAGUAGUGUGUGAUUUUGUUAUUGUACAGAAAUUAUGUAACUAAUAAAGUUUAACAUCAGA